CAUGUCGCAUAUACGUGACACCCAGCACGAAUGGGUUAAUAACACUAGAAAAAAAAGAAAGAAAAAAGAGGAAUACAGACACAAGUUGAUUCCUUGGCCAUCUAUGUAUAAGCAAAAUUCACAAAAUAAAACUACAGUGGAUAGUACUUUUACCUGACACCAGUAGGUUAAAAUUAAAGGAAGAAUAUGACUUGCAGGCUUUGUAUGGUCAGGAGGUGCACGCCCUCUCUUCUGCAGGCAAACCCAUCUCAGGCUGGAUUGCAAGGGAUGGUAUUCAGGAAUGUCGGGAAGCGUGUGGAGGACAUGGUUACUUGAGAUGUGCAGGAUUUGGUGAACUGCGCAACGACAAUGACGCUAACUGCACUUAUGAAGGUGAUAAUAAUGUCCUGUUGCAGCAGACAAGUAACUGGUUAGUGAGUGUAUGGAACAGGAAGUCCAAAAUGUCUGCAAAACAUCCAAUGGGCACUGCCGAUUACAUAGACAAUUCUGAUCAUAUUCUGAAGCACAGCUGGAAAACCUCACCCCUGAACCUGACUUCUAGAGAUCAGGAUAUUGUACAUGUUUGCCUGCAGUCAUUACAAUGGCUGGUGUGCUGGUUAUGUGAGAAGACAAGCAAAGCAUUCAAAGCAGAGAUUGCUGCUGGUGCAGAUCCAUUCACAGCAAGAAAUAACACACAGCUCUACCUUGCACGAACACUUUCACUUGCAUAUGUCAGACAAGUAAUUGUAGCUUGGUUUGAGCAGUCUAUCUGUAGUGCAGAGUCAAGUUUGCAGCCACCACUGUAUCACUUGUGUGCACUCUUUGCCCUCACCGAAGUGGAAAAGAUCAUCCCACAGCUAGUAGAAGGAGGACUGGUCCAGGAUGGUUCUUUUGUGUCCAUGGUUCACCACCAUAUCAAAAGGUUGUGUACUGAGCUUCUGCCUGAUGCUGUGGCUCUUGUUGAUGCCUUCGCACUUCCAGACUUCCUUCUACGUUCUGCUCUUGGCAAUGCUGAUGGAGAGGUGUAUCAUCACCUCAAGACAGCCAUGUUCACUGCUCCAGGGGCUAUGAGCCGACCAAAGGACUGGCAGGAGAUGGUGUACCCCACACCAGUUUCUAAACUCUAAGGACAGGCCUCUCUCAAUUCAGUAUUGAGAGGUUAUAUGGCAGUAUCACCCUUGUCUUAUUGAAUGCCCUUCCUAAUCAACCGUGGUGACAUCGCCUACGACACCUGCGUUUGACUUCUCAAGCCGAUAUGUCGUUUUCUUGAGCUCAAACCAGCAGUCAGAGCGCAAGCAUUUUUACGACUGCCGCGACGGGGAAUUGAACCCGGGACCACAAGGGUCGGAGUCCAGUGCUCUAACCACUGAGCUAUUGCGGCAGUCAUACAUAUAUAUAUAUGUAUAUAUAUAUAUAUUUAUAUGUAUAUAUAUAUAUAUAUAUAUAUAUAUAUAUAUAUAUAUAUAUAUAUAUAUAUA